AUGCGCAACAAGGAUAAAACGCCUGAGCCACCUCAAUACGUAUUAUGGUGCGCAUUCAGCGACAAGUUAUUCGAUUCAUUUCCCAUAACCUGCACACUUAACCACGACACCUAUCGUGAUCUAAAGAAGAAGAUACGAGGCAUGAGACGUUUCGAUGACUCUGACCCCGACACUGACGACUGGGUUUUAUGGGAGCCAGGACGACCACGGAAUAUAGAAGAGACCUUUAUACCAGAGAAAUGUGACGAGCACUUGGCGUCCAGGCUUACAGUGCAGCGCAGUCAGUCAAAAGAUCGACUUGAUGUUGUGGUUGUUGUGUGUGAUGAUGAUGUCCCACAGCGUCAGAAUGGGAAGAAGGAUAUUAGAACUGUUUUUGGGAAGACAGGACUUCCAUAUCGACCCCCUGCAUCAGAUGUUCUUCUCAACUCGGCCGGGCGAGAUUGGGAUUACCAAGUCUCGCCAGAGCUUAUCGACACACUGCACUGGCAAAUAUCAGAACAAUACCAGAGCUACAAAAAUGGCUUUAUGGACAAAUUGACUAUCCCACUUUAUCUUUUCCUGUCCGGUGCCGGAACGGGGAAGUCACGAAAUGCUGCUGAGCUUCAUCACACUGCGUACAAAUGUUUCAAUGGCACAUAUCUUGGAAUGGCUAGAAACGACGAGCUAGCUGAUCGACUUAAGGAUUCCCUUGUUUUUCACGUCGGUUUUGAAGGCGGCUUAGGCCUUCGAAUAGACGACGUUGACCCAUGGGAAGCGAUUGGGAACCGUAUGUUACUGCAACUCCUACCGGAGACAGACAGGAAAGAGACAACGCUUUAUAAUAUUCACGAUAAUUGGAACGCACCAACACCUGAUGAAGUAAUCGACCUGCUUGUUACCAAGGAUGGCUCAAAACUAAAGGAAAAGACUAUCUUUCUGGUAAUUGAUGGAUUGGAUCAGAUAUCCCAUGUGUUCGGAGAAUACAAACUCUCAGAUAUGCUCAUCGAAAUGGGUGGUUUUGCACAGGAAGGGUUCCGCAUUGUCUGCGGCGCACGGUAUUACUCCCUUGUACCCAACUGCUGCCUCCUACCAUCGAGCAGAAGCCAAUAUUCAAUGAUAAAAGCAUACUUGAACGAGCUCUCGUCGAAGACUGCGGCGGGCAUGGAUGUGCACUGGAAGUACUAG